AUGAUCACAAAUGCAUCUGACUUUACUAGACGGAAAGAAGAGGAGCCCUUACCCUCAGAAUCAUUAGGUGCAAUUUUACCGUCCCUGGAGCUAGCGAGAGAAAUGGCAGGAAAAGGAAAAUUAUUGGGCACGUUUUCCCUUGCUCCUUUCUCGCCACCUCACCAGGUACUGGAUAAGGAAAGACCAUGUGCUACUUGCUCACGUUUCACACCAGCAGACAAUAAUGCUUCACCCAGCAGCAGUGUUGCCCGUGAACCCAGGCAUUCAGAAGGUCAGGAAGCAUCUGAGGAAAGAGAGAAAAACACGGUCAGCAUUUCAGGUUACUACGAUAUCAUCAGAAAUAUUGAUGAGAUGGAGAUGGAGAACAUUAUUAUUGGAUUCAAGAUUAAGCAUGCAAUUGUUGCACCCAGCUCCUCACAGCAGUCUCUGAACCCUGGACGCAGCACUUGGCGGCAACUCUCCUAUGGUCUGGGUCCUGGCACCAGUUCCUUAGGCCUGGUCAAAACACCCGGUGAAAAUCCCCAAGGCCUGGGCCUGGCUGGCAGUAACACUACAGCGACUUUCCCGGAGGCUCACCUCCUGGCUGUAAUCCCGGACACCUGGGCCCAGCCCUCGGUGACAAUUCCCGUAAAUAAUGCCUGUGAUCCAGGAGUCUGUGCCAAACAAAUGUGGAUUGAUGCGACUAAGAUUAAAAAUGAGCUGUGUCUGACCUUCACUGAUAAUGGGAAUGGAAUGACUCCAAUUAAACUACACAAAAUGCUAAGCUUUGGCUUCACGAACAAAACAGGAAAUAAAAACCACUUGCCAAUUGGUGUUUAUGGAAAUGGAUUUAAAUCCGGCUCAAUGAGGUUGGGAAAAGAUGCUCUUGUCUUCACCAAGAAUGGCGGAGCUUUAAGCGUAGGCCUCCUAUCGCAGACGUACCUGGAACAGAUUAACGCCCAAGCGGUCAUCAUCCCUAUUGUGCCUUUCAACCAGCAGAAUAAGAACCUCAUAGUUACUGAAGACUCAGUGCCAAGUCUGGAGGCCAUCUUGAAGUAUUCUAUCUUCAACUCAGAGAAGGAAUUGCUUGCAGAAUUUGAUGCAAUCUUCAGUAAAAAAGGAACUCGAAUUAUUAUUUGGAAUAUCAGAAGAAACAAGGAUGGGAAACCAGAACUGGAUUUUGAAACAGACCCAUUAGACAUCCGGAUCCCAGAUAUCAACAGUGAAGAUGGUGCAGGAAAAACGAAGAAAUACAGACGACCGGAGAGGCAGGAUCAGCACAUUCCUGAAAGUGACUACUCACUAAGGGCAUAUUGUAGCAUUUUGUACCUGAAGCCUCGCAUCCAGAUCAUCCUGUGUAAGAAGAAAGUCAAAGCACAGCUUAUCACAAAGAGCCUGGCUCACAUUGAAUAUGACGUUUACAAACCUAAUUUUAAUAAUAAACGUGUUAAAAUAACUUUUGGUUUUAACUGUAAAAACAAAGAGCAGUUUGGAAUAAUGAUGUACAACAAAAAUCGGCUUAUUAAAUCCUAUGAGAAGGUUGGAUGCCAGACAAAGUCAACCAGCAGAGGAUGUGGAGUUGGUGUAAUUGGAAUUAUUGAGUGCAAUUUUCUCAAGCCAGCACAUAAUAAACAAGAUUUUGAGUACACUAAAGAAUACAGAACGAAAGUAAUGGAAGAGGUUGUCACCUUCAAUGGAAUUGAUUUCUGUUGGAUUCUUACAAAUUUAGAAUUCUCUUUUUUAUUUUCUGGUUGAACUUGUGACUGAUGUUUCAAGCCCUUCUCUGGAGAGGUUGAAAUCAUUAAAAGUGAUGAAGUUGUGAAUGA